AUGAACGCGUUUGGUGGCGGGGCAUCGCAAGCAAAGCCGCCAGAGAAGGGCUCGUUCCCUCUGGACCAUUAUGGCGAGUGCAAGACCCAGAUGAAGACUUUCUUGGCCUGUCUGAAGGAAACGAAGAACAGUCACAUUGAUUGCAAGCACCUGUCGCAAGACUACCUGCAGUGCCGCAUGGACAAGGGUCUCAUGCAACAAGAGAACUUGGACCUUCUUGGUUUCAAUAAAGAGAGCUUCGAGAAAGCCCGUGCAAAAGCCGCCCCACUCGAAGGAGUCCGAGAGAAGGACGGGUUUGUCUCUGGACUUCGCGCAAAGGCAGGUGGAAAGUAG